AUGAUGAACCAGGAGAUCAUGUGCGAGGUGGAAAUAGGCACCCACGGAUCCAUGGUCGAAAUAGACGGGGAGGACCAAGUUGGUGUAAAGUAUGAAGAGAUAGAAACUGGUCAAUACGAGGAGUACAUCACGGAUGAUCAGUAUGAAGAGGUGGAGGAGCAAGUCAUUGGCAUGCAGCACCUAGAAGAAGAUUAUAAAAUUUCAGUUGGCAGUGAGGAGGUGAUAUUGCCUGGCAUAUCGGGUGAAGAAGUGCUCCACUCCAGCGUGGAUAGUCCUUAUGAUCCGGUUUAUCAGACACCGCCAUGUACUAGCAGGGGUCGAGGGCGACCUCGGGCUUCCACCAACCACAAUUCGAACAACAACAUCCACCACCUAAUGCCAAUAGGCGAAGUUCCCAUGGGUUUGAUGGAGACUUCUGGAACUGGUAGAGGCACUCGCAGAUGGGAACAAAAGCAAGUCCAAAUCAAAACCAUGGAAGGGGAGUUCAGUGUCACCAUGUGGGCCACGGGAGAUGACGAUGAUGACGGUUCGAAUCCUGAACCAGACCCCGACUACACGGAAUAUAUGACCGGCAAAAAGAAUAUACUGGGCAACGAGACUAUGCCAGGAUUAGAUCUGUCAGACCCGAAACAGUUAGCAGAAUUUGCUAGACCCGGACACAAGAUACGCCUAAAGAAACCAUCGCCAGAAUCAUCGGACAGAACUAUAGCUUGCCCACAAAAGGGCUGCACUAAAAUGUUCCGCGACAAUUCUGCUAUGAGGAAACAUUUACACACGCACGGGCCGAGAGUGCACGUUUGUGCUGAAUGCGGUAAAGCGUUUGUAGAAAGUUCUAAACUUAAAAGGCAUCAGUUAGUCCACACCGGUGAGAAACCGUUCCAGUGCACAUUUGAAGGCUGCGGUAAGAGAUUCUCCCUGGAUUUCAAUCUUAGAACCCACGUUCGCAUCCACACAGGGGACCGUCCGUACGUCUGUCCGUUUGACGGAUGCAACAAGAAGUUCGCACAAAGCACUAACCUGAAGUCUCAUAUAUUAACGCAUGCUAAAGCUAAAUCAAGAAACUCCCUAUCCCGCAACAGUGGUAACACAUAUGAAUCAGCACGAACCACACCUCAAUAUGUACAAUUGGAAAUGUCACCAGACGAUUCCAAUCCUCAGUUGAUCUUCUAUACGCAUGAAUGA